GUGCGGGGAGCUGGGGCCGUGCUGGCGGUCCUGGUGCUGCUGGGAGCCCCCCCGGCUGCGGGCGAGGAGCUGUCGGGGGUGUUCCAGGAGAUGUUAAAGUUCGAAUGUUACGUCAUCAACGGCACCGAGACGGUGAAGCUCGUGGAGAGGCACAUCUACAACCGGGAGCAGUACGUGCACUUCGACAGCGAUGUGGGGGUCUAUGUGGGGGACAGCCUGGAUGGGGAGGAGGUUGCCAGGGACUGGAACAGGGACCCGGAAAAGAUGGAGCUCACACGGGCUCAGGUAGACACGUGCCGGAACAACUACAGGAUCGUUACCCCGUUCAGUGUGAAGAGGAGAGUGCCCCCCAGCGUGUCCAUCUCGCUGGUGCCGUCGAGCUCCCAGCCCGGCCCCGGCCGCCUGCUCUGCUCCGUGAUGGAUUUCUACCCUGCGCCGGUGCAGGUGAGGUGGUUCCAGGAUGGGCAGGAGCUGCCGGAGCACGUG